CGCUGCGGAGGAAGAAGAGGCUGUAGCAGCGAGCGGUGUUGCUGUUUUGGUCACAGAGAUAAAAGUUUCCACUGAAACUGCAGAAAAGCUUUAAAGUCCACGAUUAUAAAGUGUUGUUUUCUGGGGCUUCAGGGCUGAAGAGCAGUUUCACUGAACCUGGUCCAUGAAUGAGGCCUGAGAAAUGUUUCCAGACUUGAACAGCAUCCUGAGCAGCAGCCCGGACAACUUCAGAGAGAGAGAAUUCAUCCUGCUGUCUGACAGGCAGGCAGAUGCUUCUUUCCUCAUUCAUCAUUACCUCACCUUCUACUUGAGGGCUCGCUGUAAGGUGUGCUUUCUGGGUCUCGUACAGUCCUUCAGUCAUUACAGUGUUGUGAGUCAAAGGCUGGGGGUGAAUCUGAACCAGGCGAAGGAGAAGGGUCAGCUGGUUUUUCUUGAAGGACUGAAAGCUUCUCCUAGAGUUCUACUCAACGAGGACACCAGCGAUACGACCCACACGUUUGAUUAUCUCAGGUCUCCGUGUGCUGAGCUCAGAGGUCUGUUUGAGUUUGUGUGUAAUUCGCUGAGUCAGGGUGGGAGUGAGGCUGGAGGUGAGCCGUGGGCUCCACCUGUCCUGAUUAUAGAUGACCUCAGCGUGCUGCUGAGUUUAGGCGUCAGCGCUGGAGCCAUACUGGACUUCACCCACUACUGUCAGGCCACCGUCUGCUCCCAGUUACAGGGUUCUAUAGUAGCUCUGGUGCGAUGUGAUGAUGAGGAGUGGGAUGAAGAAAGCUCCAGCUACCUCCUGAAGGCUCUCACUCAUCAGUGCAGCCUGUCUCUGCGUGUGGAGGGGCUUUCCACCGGCUACUGCAGGGACAUUCACGGACAGGUGGAGAUCUGGCGGCGAGGGAGAGCCGAGGAAAACCAGCGGAGGGUUUUUCAGUACAAAGUUCACGACAAGGGGGCGUCCUUCUUCGCGCCGGGGACUUCGAGAGCAGUACUUUAACAGUUUCACCAACUGAUGGACUUGUUCUACUGCUCUGACAUUUUGCUCAGCCAUCUCCAAACUCUGUGUCACUGCAGUCAUUUAUAGUGUUUAUAUACACCGAUCAGGCAUAACAUUCUGACCACCUCCUUGUUUCUACACUCAUUGUCCAUUUUAUCAGCUCCACUUACUAUAUAGC